AUGGUGAUGUCUCUAGACAAUUUGAGGGGCUUCGCAUUAGCCACAUCAUCAAGUGCUUUUAUUGGAUCAAGCUUUGUGAUCAAGAAGAUUGGGCUGAAGAAAGCUGGGGAUGCUGGGGUAAGAGCAGGUUCUGGAGGCUACUCAUACUUGUAUGAACCAUUAUGGUGGAUAGGAAUGGUAACUAUGAUUCUGGGCGAGGUGGCAAACUUCGCAGCAUAUGCAUUUGCUCCUGCAAUACUAGUUACUCCUCUCGGAGCAUUGAGCAUCAUUUUUAGCGCAGUGCUUGCACAUUUCAUUUUGAAUGAGAGGUUGCAUAUGUUUGGUGUGGUUGGUUGUGCAUUGUGUGUUGUUGGCUCAGUUGAUAUAGUUUUGCAUGCCCCCAAGGAAAAAAAGAUCGAUUCAGUUAGCGAAAUAUGGCAGCUCGCAACUGAACCAGGUUUCAUAGUGUAUUCUUGCUUGGCUGUAGCACUUGCACUUGUUUUAAUGUUCUGGGUUGUUCAUCAUACUGAGCAAAGGAAAAUGCUCGCAUAUAUUGCAAUAUGUUCACUAUUCGGGUCUCUGACGGUUAUCAGUGUAAAAGCAGUGGCUAUUGCCUUAAAGCUCUCAUUUAAUGGAGUUAACCAAUUCGUCUAUGUCCAGACGUGGUUCUUUAUUGCUGUUGUAAUUAUAUGCUGUUUAGUUCAGCUGAAUUAUUUGAACAAGGCCUUGGAUUCAUUCAAUACAGCUGUGGUUGCCCCUGUAUAUUAUGUGAUGUUCACCAUUCUUACUAUUUUCGCGAACAUGAUCAUGUACAAGGACUGGGACUCUCAGAAUGCAACACAGAUAGCAAGCGAGGUAUGUGGGUUUGUGACAAUUGUUGCUGGAACAUUCCUUUUGCACAAGACCAGAGAUAUGGGGAACACACAACCUAACCCAGAUUCUCUGAGAGCGGAUUGUGAACUCCAGAAUCAUAGCUAG